UUUAUCGUCAUAUUGCUUCUUUAGCUCUAUCUCAAGUCCCCAUUUCCUACAUUCUCCAAACAUGCCUCGCGGUGGUUCUGGUGGAAGAUCAGCUCGUUCAGGACGUCGUUCCCUAGUCCAUAACCCUCCUCGGCCAGUUCAUCAUGCUCCUCCUCCAGCUCCUGCUCAAACUGGCAGGGAUAGAUCUUUCCUUGGUACCGCAGCUGAGGGCAUGGCUCUUGGAACUGGAUUUGAAGUGGCACACAGGGCCGUUGAUGCUGUAAUGGGUCCUCGCACCAUCCAACAUGAGACAGUGGGCUCUCCGGCUGCUAUUGCUGCUGCAGCCCCUGCACCCACUGCUAAUAGUCUUGGUUCUGAUGCUUGCAAUGUUCACUCAAAAGCUUUUCUGGAUUGCCUGAACAGCAACGGGAGUGAGAUUAGCAAGUGCCAGUUUUACGUAGACAUGCUUGCAGAAUGCAGAAGGAACUCUGCCUCUGAACUGACGGCUUGAACAAACACGUCCCUUCGGUUACUUUGAAUCAAACAUCAAAAAAGUUGAAAUGUAAUGACUUGCUUGUGAUGGGCUGACUCGUGCUCUAUUGGAACAGAACUUCAAUAAUUCAAAGACGUGACACAGAUUCUUUAAUGGCGUUGGUCUUGAUGGACGAGAUUGAGUCCAAGAUUAUGUUUAACUUGUAAUGAAAAUUAAAUAAAAUUUUAUUGUAAAAUUGGUCUGGUACAUUAAUUA